AUGGCUUCUCGAUUCCCCUCCUCAACCCUCCACCAACGCGACUCCCGCUCCGACCUCUUCAAAGGCUACUCCGGUGGCCCUUCCUCCCGCACCGCCUCCCCAUCAACCUUCAACUCCCAACCCGGCCGAGCAGGCGGCGGGUAUGGCUACGGGGGGUACCCAAGCAACAAUGGCAGUUCAUCACUAGGAAUCGGCGAGGGGAGUUCCGGCAAUGGCGGGUAUCGGUCAGCGACUCCAAAUCGAAAGGGCCAAUACUCAGACGCGGUCCUCAACGAGCUCGAAUCCCAAAACGACGCCCAGGUCGACGGCAUCCUCGGCAAGGUCCGGAUACUCAAGGACAUGACGGUUGCGAUUGGGGACGAGAUCAGGGAGAGCUCGGCGCUGGCGGAGAAGAUGAACGAGGGCUUUGAUAACACGAGAUUGAGACUGAGGGGGACGAUGAACAGGAUGUUGGUCAUGGCCGAGAGGACGGGGGUUGGGUGGAGGGUUUGGUUGGCGUUUUUCGCGGCGGUGAUUGUCUUGUUUGUUUGGGUAUGGUUGUUUUAGCCUGUUUGACCUAGACUGAUGGGAUGGACGGCUGGUGGGGGAAAAGGAUAUGAAGUAAUAGUGUGGAUGAGGGCGGAAAGGGAAAAAAGAUGGACGUGAAUACGAAAGGAGGGAAAGGGGUGGGAGAAUGAUGUGAAAAAGGCAUGGGCGCUUGGGUUUGACUCUGCUUUCUUGGCUUCAUCCAGUUAUAUAAAGCUCUGUUCGACAUGCUAUGGCGGGCCUAGUAAUGUUUUGGUUUACAAAUUUAUUUAAUAUUGGUACAUGGAUUCUUUUCUCACUUUUGAUAUGCUGCCAGGGCGUGACUGAAAAUGGCAUGCAAUGCUUGAC